AUGACGCGUCCAAGGGCCGCCGUGUGCUAUCCAUGCACGGCUGAAGGCAACCAUGACGUAAGCGGCCAUCACGAUCAUGCAGAAGGGGACCCAGAGAAGACACGAAAGCUGACCUACCUCGUGUCGCAGUGUGAUAUGAACGCCCGAUACCCGCAACAAUGCACUCGGUGCUUCGAGAAGAAUCGUCGCCGCACUGCACCACCUUACUUGACCUGCGACCCAACGAGGACGACAAUCGCAGAGUUCCAAGCAUCCAAGGCUGCCAACCUGGCAAGAGAAAGGAAAAGAACAGCCUACCAGCAACAGCAGCAGACCUACCAGCAAAACCAGCAAACGCAGCAGGGGUAUCAAUUUAUGCCGAGCAUGCAGCACAUUCCUUUCGCGCAACCAUACCCAGUUAAUCCGGCUUAUCAGCCUGCAAACUUCACACCGCAGAAUUUCGUGCCAAUUACGUACAACUUUGUGCCAAGUCAGGUGCCAUCGAACCACGGCUUGCACUUUUUCAGCGGCAACAUGGGAGGCGCGCCUCUUCCGCCACCACCGCCGCCGCUUACGUUGAGCACGAACAAGAACUCGACAAAGCAACGGAAACGCCGUGCCCAGCUGGGAGCGUUGAAAGCUGCUUCUCAAGCAAAUCAGUAUGGUCAACCGCCGCCCCAGCAAGGCAUGGGCCAGUCCCCGCAGCAAGGCAUGGCCCAACCGCCUCAGAGCAUGGGUCAACAGUCGUAUCAGAGCAUGGCCGCACCCACAAACAGCUAUGCAAACUGGCGCCCAGCUUGCCGCGGCACGGAUUCCUUGGAAGAACAAAAGCUUUUGCAACAGCAGGCAGCAGAGCUCAAGCUCAGAAGAAUCCAGGCCCAGCUCGCCGACGAAACAAACGCAGACAGCCGCAAUCGGCAUGACCAGCAAAGGCAUAUCCGCAAUGCGCAAGGUCGCACACAUAUCGGAUCAGAGAGCUGCAGCUCGACCAAUUUCGGAAAUCGGGAUGGCAGUUUGCGCCCCACGCUCAGAGGUCACCAUGUGGAGUACACUGGGACUUCCGAUGCAGAGUCGGGCAUUACCGUGCUUGAGGGACCAGAGGGUCGCAACAGGUAUGGUGGUGCUCGUAUGCGCGGCUCGGAUCUCAGCAUAGGCAAUCCAAGCCACUUCAGGAACAACGGCAACAACUUCAACGCUCGGCCAGAUAAUGCGUCUAGCUCAGGCGCACAGAUGAACAACAACACCCUGAAACGACCAGAGUUCCAGCCAGCCGCCAAUACGGCAGCGCAGAACAACAACGUCAGCGCUCGGCCGGAACAUCAUGCUGACCCGAGAAACGUCAAGCUACCAGACGGCAACAACCGGAACAACCGCCUGGAGCUCCAGCCUCCUUCGACCUCGGCAGGGCUCAACAACAACGUCAACGCUCGACCGAAACAUCCUGCUGAGCCAAGCUGCAGCAAUCAACGAGUUGGGAACGAUUCAUUGAAUCGGCCAGGUAUUCGGCCUGCAAUGAGCUCAGGAGGGCCCAAUAUCAAUGUCAACGCUCGCCCGGAGUUUCACGUUGACCCAAGCCCUUCUCCGCGCCCAGCCCCUCCGCACCCAGUAAUGAAGUAG